AUGAUGACGCCCACAUCAAUCGAAGAGUUUCCUGGGUUCCGUUCUGCUUCUUUUUUAAUCUAUGAGGUCCACCCUACUUCUCGCUCUCUCGGGCGUUGGCGUGGCCCCUCCCUGGCCGCCCUCCUCACCGAGCUAUUCACCGUGGAACAUGUCCCCGAGCUGGCCGAAGGCUGGUCACAGCUCCCCGAGGUCCCCAACCUCUCUGACAUCCUCCCUCUCUCCAUCUCGAUCAAGAACGACGAGAAUAUGGCCGCCCUGAAACAACGCCUGGCCCAGAUCUCCGACCCCAAGCACAAGGAUUUCGGCAAGCACCUAUCCGCUGCCGAGGUCCGUACACUACGCCGGCCCCCGCAAGAUCGGACCGACACCGUCCUCGCGUGGCUUGCAAAGAGCGGCCUCGCAGGCGCCGAGGUGCACGACGACUGGAUCAAGGUCAACUCGACCGUGCGGGAGGCCAACGACAUUCUCGGAGCGAAUAUCGCCUACUUUGCCUUGGCGGGGAAGCAGCCCGUCAUGCGAUCUACCGGCUACGGGGUGGAGGAGGGUGGAGACAAGGUCGCGAGGACGGAAUCGAGGAGGAGCAGAGAAAGCAGAAAGAGGGAUGGCCGGAGAAGUGAAGAGGAGAGCAAGCUUACGAGGGCAAGGAUUGAGGCGAGACGAGAGGCUGCCGAGAUCCAGGCGAGGCAGGUGCCCGACGAGCCUAUUGACCCUCCCGAGGGUUCGGUACCGGCUGAGAAGCCCCCGUGUUCCGAUCAGACUACGCCAGACUGCCUGCGGGAGCUGUACAACUUUUACUACAACGCGACGACGGGAGAUGAUGGUGACGCCGAGGCCGGGACGUUCUCCGACGUGCUCCUACUUGUGGCUGGCUUCCUGGAGCAGAACCUCUUUCACCCAGACACCCACGAUUUCAUGAACGAGUACGCGCCGUACAUUCCCGAAUCCGUACGCAACGUCACCAUCGAGCUCAUCAACGGUGGCCAGGACCCGCAAAUCAUGUCCAAGGCCGGCAUGGAGGCCGCGCUGGACGUGCAGUACGCCCUCUCCCUCGGAUACCCGGCCAACAUCGUCUACUCGGUCACGGGCGGGCGGGGCGAGAAGCUCGACGCCACGGGGCAGCCCAUGGCCGAGAGCCGGUCCGACAACGAGCCGUACCUCGAGUUCCUCGAGUACCUACUCGCCAAGGACGACGACGCGGACCUGCCCCACGUCAUCUCCAUCUCGUACGCCGACGACGAGCAAGGCGUGCCCCGCGAGUACGCCCUCAAGGUAUGCGACCUCUUCGCCGCCCUGACGAGCCGCGGCGUCUCCAUCCUCGUGGCCACGGGCGACGGCGGAUCGCGCGGCGUGCGGUACGGCGACUGCCGCAGCAACGACGGACUCAACCGCCCCAUCACCAUGGCGUCUUUCCCCGCCACGUGCCCCUACGUCACCGCCAUCGGCGCGGUGAACCAGGUCGCCCCGCCCCAGGUCGCCACCUUUUCCACCGGCGGCUUCAGCAUCUACUUUGACCGCCCGGCGUGGCAGGCCGACGCGGUGGAGGGCUACAUCGCGGCGCUCGACGGCCGUCUCGAGGGCCACUACGAGGCCGGGGGCCGCGCCAUUCCCGACGUCGCGAGCACGCCCGUGCUGGCGGCCAUGUUUGCGCUCGUCAACGACGCGCGGGCGAGGCGUGGGUUGUCGCGCACGGGGUGGUUGAACCCGCGGCUGUACUCGGACGAGGUGCGCGCCGUGAUGAAGGACGUGGUGGGGGUGUGA